CACCGCCUUAAUAUAAGCUCCCCUUCCACGCGUCCACCCAAACCCUAGGCUCCCGCGCACACUGCAUCUCCGCCGCCAUCGCGCGCAGCCGCAGCCGCAGCCGCCAUGGGGGCGUACAAGUACGUGUCGGAGAUAUGGAGGAGGAAGCAGUCGGACGUGAUGCGGUUCGUGCAGCGCGUGCGGUGCUGGGAGUACAGGCAGCAGCCGGCGAUCGUCCGCCUCACCAGGCCUACCCGCCCCGACAAGGCCCGCCGCCUCGGCUUCAAGGCCAAGCAGGGGUAUGUUGUCUACCGUGUCCGUGUCAGGCGUGGUGGCAGGAAGAGGCCUGUGCCUAAGGGCAUUGUCUAUGGCAAGCCCAAGCACCAGGGUAUCACCCAGCUCAAGUUCCAGAGGAACAAGAGGUCUGUUGCUGAGGAGAGAGCUGGACGUAAGCUUGGUGGACUGAGGGUGCUCAACUCCUACUGGGUGAAUGAGGAUAGUACUUACAAGUACUUUGAGAUCAUCCUUGUCGAUGUUGCUCACAGUGCCAUCCGCAACGACCCAAGGAUCAACUGGCUAUGCAACCCUGUGCACAAGCACCGUGAGCUCCGUGGUCUCACCUCUGCAGGCAAGAAGUUCCGUGGCCUGCGUGGCAAGGGUCACACUCACCACAAGAACAGGCCCUCGCGGAGAGCCACCUGGAAGCGCAACCAGACCCUCUCCCUCCGCCGUUACCGCUGAGCUCGCGUGCUUGGGUACUGUGUUACUGUGGAAUCCGUCCCAAGCAAAGAACAUCGACUCUGUUUGGUUGCAUUUUCAAAUUUUGUUACUUGUGUUCUGAGCACUUGAACUAUGUUAGAAGUUUACUCUGGGUACUGUGUUAGCAUUUUCAAAUGCCGUGAACUAUUUGCAGUUUGCAUGUGUUAUAAGACAAGGAAUGGUUUAGUAAUCAAAUGUGUUGUGCUGCUGUGCUUGGCGAUGAA